UGUGCCGGACAGUUUUCUUUAUGAAACUCAAACGGCGUCCUCAGUUUCUCACUCUGUUUGUUCUUUCAACCUGCUUCAGACCUAUUCGGUAAUUUUCAUUUUUAGAUCCACGGUUCCUUCCUGGAGUCACCAUGGCUCCUCUAUCCGCCCGGGUCGCGUUGUUUUCGGCUUUUCUCUGCGCUGCGUCCGCUGCAGUGUUCUACAAACCAGACGAGCCCUGUUACGUCCCAAAACCACGGAAUAACAACUUUGGAUUGAAGACUGUCCCUCGCCCUCAUGAGUACCUUAACAUCUCAGAGCUGCCUAAGUCAUGGGACUGGAGAAACGUGAACGGCACAAACUUUGUGAGCACGACUCGAAACCAGCACAUCCCCCAGUACUGUGGCUCCUGCUGGGCCCACGGCAGCACCAGCGCCAUGGCAGACCGUAUAAACAUCAAGAGGAAGGGGGCGUGGCCUUCUGCGUACCUGUCUGUGCAGAACGUGAUCGACUGUGGAGAUGCAGGCAGCUGUCACGGAGGAGACCACAGCGGAGUGUGGCAAUAUGCUAAUGUUAAAGGGAUACCUGACGAGACCUGCAACAACUACCAGGCUAAAGACCAGGAUUGUGCCCAGUUUAACCAGUGUGGCACCUGCACCACCUUUGACGUGUGUAACGUGGUGAAGGACUACACUCUGUGGAAGGUGGGAGACUAUGGCGACGUUAGCGGCAGAGAGAAGAUGAUGGCUGAGAUCUAUGCCAACGGACCAAUCAGUUGUGGCAUCAUGGCAACCCCAAAGCUGGACGCGUACACAGGGGGAGUAUACUCUGAGUACCAGGACCCUCCCUACAUAAACCACAUUGUGUCUGUGGCCGGGUGGGGCGUGGAGGAUGGCGUCGAGUACUGGGUCGUCAGGAACUCAUGGGGAGAGCCCUGGGGAGAAAAGGGCUGGCUGAGGAUCGUGACCAGUGCGUACAAAGGAGGCAGUGGCAGUAAAUAUAACCUGGCUGUGGAGGAGAACUGUAUGUACGGAGACGUCAUAGUGCCCAAAGGAUAUGUGUGAGAAAGUAUGACACACAUCAGGGAAAAGGCACUUAACUUUUGAUCAGUUAAGAUGGAUUUACUUUAUCUGAUAUUUUCAGUAUCAUCAUAUUGUGAUUCAGUGCUUUUGUGUUCUAGUCAGACACUUUUCACCAUCCACUUCUCCUAUUGCUCAGCCUCUGUUGAGCUCUUGAGUGUUUUUCUUAAAGGCAAUUUAAAGAAACUAAAUAUACAUGAAUAGUGAUGAAAUCCUGUUCACAACCUCUCUAGACUCUGAAUAGCCCCUAAUCUGAUGUUCCAAAUAUAUGUAGUACACAGCUUCUUAUUUUCUGCCAGUAGAGUGAACAGAAACUGCACUUAAAUAGAAAAUCAAACUUUGAAACCAGUUAGUUAAUUAUUAUUGGACAAGUUCAUUAUAGAAUAUGUAUAGUAUAUAAGCUACAGUAUAUAAGUAAAUUUACUAAAAAACUGCUAGAAGAUUAAUAUUCUUAAAAGUCAACUUAACUAAUCUACAUUCACAUUUUUGCAGUGACCUCACAUCUUAUCACAGCCUUCAUCAAGCCAAAUCAGGAAUUUUGUAAAUGUUGUAUUUUUUAUUUUGAAAAGGGAAUUUGUGCCAUUUGUUUCAGUGGAUCUUUGAUGUGUAUGUUUAAAGGGUUUAAAGGUUUGGGUUUAAAGAUGUACUCUGUAACUUUUUUCUGGUGGGAGGGGAAGGUCUGCCACCUGCUUAUCACCCUGGAGAUGUUUUUGCAUUGAAUGCUCCACAUAUAUUCAAUUCCUGGUAUUUUUAUGGCCAACAAUAUGCAUUCUCACUGUGAACUAAUUGUCUCCAUUGCGAAAGGGCUAAUGCCAUUGUGGAACAUUCGAGACAAAACAAUUAGAUAUCCAUGAAGACAAACAGGUGGGAAAAGUUACUUUAUGUACCUUUAUCUGUAGUAAUGGCUGUUUUUUUAUGAUUUUAGGAUUUUGAAUUUAGUCUUAAACCAUCUCAAUUUUGUACUCUGGGAAUAUUUUUAAUGCCAAAGAACUGCCUUGUUGGCCACGCUUACUGUUGUGCAUUGAUUUGUUAUAAAUAUUGCAUUGCACUUGAUCGACUUCUCCAUCACAGGGCAAUGAUGUGCCUUAUUUGUACUUUUGUUCUUAAAUGAAAGAGCCACACAUGCUGAAGCAAACUUUUUUUAAUCAAACUGGCAAUAAAAAUAAAAUAUUUACA